CUUUAUAAUCGCUAUAGUGCUCCGAUUGACGGCUCUUGUCCGGCACUGGCGUCGGUGCAACCACGACAACCGCUGCCAUCGUGAUAUCACUGCCCCUCCUAGCCUCACCUUCUUUGCAUACUCCCUCCACGCCUCCUCCUGCUCUUUCAAACAUGGAUACAGAGAGCAAUCAUGCGCAAGACCAUGAGUUUGCCCCGACCUCCUGGCUGGAUAUAGAUGGGUUCAGUCCCUCGGAGCAGUCUCCAACAAUGGAUUAUCCGGCCUUCGGAUACAAUGUCGUACCGCUAGACCCUUCCUAUGGCGUUGAUUUACCUCCGCCUUAUGCGACACUGCCAAUAGCCAUGGCUCCACCCCCAAGUUCCUGGCCUAGUAUGCUUUCACAUCAUGGGCCUUUCCCAGAUCCAGGUGUGCCAGCUAUGCCCAUAUUGCAGGCACCACCUGUAAUUGCGCCGGCCCCGAUCAUUCCAGCUCCACCUCGCAAGUCAUCUACUAGCAAGCAACCCAUGAACAAGUCGUCCACCGGCAAGUCAUCCUCAGGCAAGUCGUCCACCGGCAAGUCGAAUGGCAACUCAACGCCACGGAGGACCCUUACCGACGAAGACCGUCGACAAAUGUGUCUCUACCACGAGGAGAAUAAAACAGCCAAGCAGACAGACAUUGGAGCAUUGUUUGGAGUUGAAAGAAGUACGGUAUCAAAAGUCCUGCGGCAGAAGGAUAAGUAUCUAAAUCCGGACGAUGGGAGUCGGUCUCCUAUUAAGCGGGCCAAAGGACGAGUCCCGGAUAUCGAGAAGGCUUUGUCGAACUGGGCAAGGAAUUAUCAAAAACAGGGCUACCCGUUGAAUGACGAGAUGAUAAGGGAGAAGGCCCUGUUUUUUGCCAGCACCUGUGGCAGUUCGGACGGCAAGGAGAAGGUCCUAAGCACCAGCUGGUUGGAAAAAUUCAAACGCAAGUAUAACCUGAUGGGUGCGAGGAACCGGAAGGGCUCCUUUAGUAUCAAGAGUGAAUCCGCGAGCCCAACUUGCUUGAGCAUCGAUUCAGCAUUGGCAUCCGCCGUCCAGUCUCCCACUCUACUCUCGCCUACAUCCCCGACUGGCUUCAUGUCACCAUUGCCGUUAUCACCCGUCCAGAGCAACGAGAACAUGAGGGGCGAGUUUGCUCAGAGUCUAGCUGAAAUUGCAAGUGACUAUCAACAUAUGCAUACCAAGAGUACAAUUUCGCUUGACACAACCUGCUCUUUCUCUGCCGGUCUCACCAGUCCGACAUCUCCUUUGUUGACGGAAAGUCCAUUCACUCCCACUAGCCAGUCACUUAAUUCGGCUACAGACGGCAAUUCCACCAGGCCUCGCAGCCAGACGUUUCCACUCAGUUCAUCUGAUCCAAGUUUGAUGGCCGCUGAUGAAUCUGAGCAUUUGACAAAAGCUGCACUACGACAAUCAUUGUCAGGUACGGCACCUGACUCUUGUGAGAACCAACGCGAUCAGAAGAUCCUUCCGGCACUCGAUACUUCUGCGGGUACAAUCAAACGCAACCGUAGUAAUCCUGACUUCAAAGCCAAGUCUAUAUAUCCCCCGUUGUUCUCAAAAUCCAGCACCGUGUCUCCUGUUAGCUCCCCGGGAUCGCCAACUCAGGAUGAAGCCAGAAAAGCGCUAGAACUCGUGAUGAGCUACUUCAAACAGCAGCCCUCUGGACUUGGUGCAGAUGACUAUAUGACAAUCGGGAAGCUGAUGGAAAAGCUUGAGCUCGCUAAAGCGCAGCAGGCCACACUUCCGGGGGGCCUCACUCGAAUCGACGAACAUGAUGAUUCACCACAUCUGAACCAGAAGAGGAGUAUUCACAGUCUGGGUUAAACGGCCUUGCCUGGCUGCCAAACUCCUACAUCGACACACAUAGAGCGACCGUCUAUGAUCAGUCUUGUGGGAGUUGCUGGCAGCCGUACAUGAGCUUGGCAUCACAAAAUACAUAGUGUCUUGUCCUAAUU